AGAGUUGCCAGACCGAAACGCUAAUCAGCUGUUUAAAGUUCGGCGGCAUUUGUUUUCGUAAUUAAUUGUAAUAUUUUGAACAAUAACAUGGGUAAAACUAAAAGAAAUGCGAAGAAAUUUGGCAUGCAUCCAAGGAACGUGUUGCGGCAGCCACCUGACUAUACAAAACUGGCUAUUAAAUACAAGGAUUUUCGUAAAGAGUGCGAAUUGGAGCUGAAUGGCAAAGUCUCAGUAAACUUUCGAAGUGAGAAGACCCUGCGAGAGUUAACUAAAAUGCUUCUUAAGGAAUACUUCAAUUUAAAUGUGGAUUUUGCACCAGGAAGUUUGGUGCCCACCUUGGCACUGCGUUUAAAUUACAUUUUAUGGUUGGAAGAUUUAAUGGAACCGUUAAAACUUAAGGAAAUCAGUGGUAUAGAUAUAGGCUGCGGAUCCUCCUGCAUAUAUUCUUUAUUGGGAGCCAAGAAAAACGGCUGGCACAUGUUGGCUUUGGAAUCAAAGCCGGAAAACAUAGAAUACGCCAGGAAGAAUGUAACGAACAACCAACUGGAAAGCCUUAUAGAGGUUUACCACCAACCAGAUAAAACCAGCAUCUUUAAGAGCUAUUUCGGACAAGACCAACAAAAUUUGCAGUACCACUUUUGCCUGUGCAAUCCACCCUUUUUUGACUCCAACUUGGCAAACCCCUUUGGGGGAAAUACGAGGAAUCCCGAAAGACGACCUGCACCCAAUAAUGCCAGGACUGGAAGCCAGGAGGAACUAACCUGCGUGGGCGGCGAGGUACGGUUUGUGCAGCGCAUCAUCGAAGAGAGUCUGGAAAACAAGCUGCGCGUGCGCAUCUUUACCACAAUGUUGGGCGUCAAGGCCAACGUGCCAAGGAUACUGGACUACCUGAAGGAGCGGGAGGUGGCGAAUGUCAGCACCACGGAAUUUCAUCAGGGACACACCACAAGAUGGGCGGUGGCCUGGAGUUUUCAUUCAGAGGCGUUAAGCCAGGAGACUUCGUGUAAUUAAGUUACCUCAAGUUUGUAAGGAUAACUUCUAGUUUGUUGCAGCCAUGUGCCUUUACUGGCGUUAUUUCAGUAGUUUUCUGUAAAGUAUCUCAAAUUACAUAUUUAAGCUUACAAGAUUGUUAACAACCUAUGUAGACGAAUUCAUACGUUCUCCUAUUAUACUCAUAGUUUGAAAAAGA